AUGUCGCUGCUGAAGCCACCCACACCUCUACCUCCGGCCCCGCCCCAGACCUUGCCGCCCACGCAUUCACGGGUGUUGGACAUGGCAGAGAUGGACUCCGAUUCGGAGCAGGAGCGAAUGGGCUUGGAUGAGGAGGAUGCCGCCAUCGAUGUGGAGGCGGAUGAGGAGCAGGAAUCGGGUUCACCCUUAAACCGAUCGUCUUCACCACCAUUUGGGAAGAGCCUCUGCCUGGAACGCAACGAGAGCUCUGGACGGGAGCCGAUGGAGAUCACUGCUCCUCCAGCCACUGGUGUCCUCGAUAAAUCCAUAAACCAAAAGGUCUACUGAGCUAAAAAUGAUUAUGAAAAUCCAAAUACUGGGAGUGCUACGAAGGCCUAAUAUUUCAAAAAAGAAAACAUUAAUAAAAUCGUAACACAUCCUUGGAUAAAAGUUAUAUGAAAGUUUGGAACUUUGCAACUUGUUUCGCUCAGUGCAGGGCCGCGUCAAUGGGUUUCAAGUUUUUUUAAAGUUUGUUCCUAAGUCCCCUGUACAUACUGGCCACUCAAUAUCCCUGUAAAAUGUAAAUGUCUCUUGCUCAAUAAGUAUAGGCUUUAAAAUUAUGUAUAUACAUAAACCACACCAAGUGGAUAGUGUGGGGCUUGAAUUUUCUGAAGGUUUUUGUGUUUGGCUUUUGAUUCUUUAAAUUGCUGGUCAAGUGUAAGUUAGGUUCGAUAUGCUAAGCCGAGAUUCCUUUGGGCCCAUGAAGUCCUAUCAGGAAAAUGAAUGUUAGUCUAGACUCCAGAGCUAUUUGUAAGAUGUGGCGUGUGUCAAGCAAUUACCAAAUAAUUAGUUAAAUUAUUUAUAUUUUUAAUUGAAUGUUAACGUAAUCCAAGCUUCUGCUGAACCAAAAAACAGAACUCUUCAAACACACUGACACA